AUGCCCAAACCGCCCCCCUUCGGCCUGCGCACGCCGCCUUCCGUAAACACGAGCGCGGCGUUCAGCCGUCAGCCGCUGCACAAAGAUCCGACGCCGAGUAUAUCGCGGUUGAAGGGGGGCGGGGGGAUGUUGGAGUGGGAGAGAGAGGGAGGGAAGAGGUUGAGCGAUCUGAAGGAGCACUGGGCGCCAUCUACCGAUCCAAUGCCUGCGAGUCUGCCAGCGAACAAGCCCGUGCCGACCUAUCGCAAGUCCUGGACGCCGGCACCCAAGCCUGAGCCCGUAGAGGACGAGAAUGGAUGGGACGCGCCGAAAGUGCUCGUCGCGCCGCCGCUAGAAAGACGGAGGUUGAGCUUUGACGCGUUUGGGAGUCUGCCGGUGUUGGAGGAGGUAAGGACACCGGCGGCGACGUUGGUGCGCAAGGGUGGGAGUCCGUUGCCGGUGUUGCAAGACGAGGAUGUGCUUGCGCCUGCUGUACCUGAGAAGAAGGUCGAGGAGAGGGACAUGGUGACAAUCGAGCACAAUGACCGGCCCAUACCGACUCUAGACAUCGCGGCGCUCGUAAACGCGCACAACGCAAACACAAAGAACGUGUUCGAUCCCAAGAGCAUCCUCACGAUCUCUGUCGAGGUGUUAUUGAUCACGGGCACGACGGCCACCGCCCUCCCCACCCCCUCAUCCGCAACAUUCCACGACACCGAAGCGCUCGCGAUCGUCCACCGCUACAAGUCCAAGCUCUCCGGUAACAGGCUAGUCAACACAAAAGUUUGGGCUUGGUACGGGAAGAAGUCGACCCCUGGCAAGCUGGAACACGCGAAGCUAUCGGGUCUGGUGCGGCGGUACGGUGUGGCGCUCGAGGAGGUGACGCAGAGCGCUGAGGGGGAAGAUGGAGGAGAGCUGGCGUGCAGGCAGGGGAGCAGGACGCAUUGGAGUUGCGAGAAUACGACGAUGCAUGUCGUUCGGUCUUUGCCUUCUUCUUCAACAUCGACAUCGACAUCGUCAGCAGAGCUGCUGCUGGCGAUCAUUGACGAGCUCGAUCUGAGCAUCGCGAACCUCUGCUCCGGAUUUUCAUACAUCCUCACGCUCCUCGCCUCGUCGUAUAUCUGGCACGGGCGCGGGUCGCUGGCUCAUGAGCGCGUCGUGGCCAGGAUAUACAUCAAGGGGCUGUUUGAGGGGCGGGAGGAGGAGGACGGAGGGGAGAGCGCGGAGUUGUUCUGGAUGAUGCUUGGGGAGAGGGAAACGAGACCGAUGUGGGGUUCGUAG